CAGACUCAUGUAAAGUACAAAGCCGUGUAUCUCAGCAGCGCAUUGGUCAAUCUGGGUGAUUGACACGUCUAUAUAACCGUCAGAGCCAGUAGAAUCGACCGACAGCACCAUUCGCUAUCUGUGAGGGGGCGAACCCACUGUGACGACUUUUUUCCCGAUGCCAUUUGACAUGCGACUUCCGUAUAUGUAGUCGAAGUAGGACGGACCAGGCGGAUUAAUAUCUUGAAAUGACGAGCGGUCUUUUCUUUCGUUAACGGAAUCGGAUUUGUGGAUCAAAACAAAAUUUUCCUGCAAAUACUUUGAUGGAGGACGGUCGAAGGAGGGGGCAGAGUCUGACGAGACAACUGGAACAGAGCUAAAGAAAAGUGGGUGUGGAUUCUGCAGAAAUCCCCCUGGACUCUCCUUCUCCCCUGUUAACAAACAGAGGGACCAUGUUGCGGGACAAGCUCUUCUGGCUGCUGGCCCUCCUGGCCUCGUCGUCCUGGGGGCUGCCCUCCUCCGUCGAGCCCCUCUCCGCCCCAAGGAUCUUCCUCUCCUUCAAAGAGCUAAAGUCGACUGGCACCGCUCACCACUUCUCCUUUUUGCUGAACUCGACCGACUAUCGCAUCCUUCGCAUGGACGAGGACCACGACCGCAUGUAUGUGGGCAGCAAAGAUUACAUCCUCUCUCUGGAUCUGCACGACAUCAACAAGGAGCCACUCAUCAUCCACUGGCCCGUUGCCCCCCAGAGGAAGACUGAGUGUGUUUUGUCGGGAAAAGACACCAAUGGGGAAUGUGGAAACUUCAUCCGUCUGAUUGAGCCGUGGAACCGGACCCACCUGUAUGUGUGUGGAACCGGGGCCUACAACCCCAUCUGCACCUAUGUGGACCGAGGACGCAGGUCACAGGGGUCCCAAUUCCUUCAAGCUACCCAAUCUGGAGGGAGAACAAGUCGGGCAGCAGACUACAGCACUACAUCAGAGCACUUGGAUGCGAAGGAAUAUAUUUUCCGACUUGAACCCGGUAAAGUGGAUUCCGGUAAAGGAAAAUGUCCUUAUGACCCCAAACUUAACAGCGUCUCUGCUUUGAUCAAUGGAGAGCUGUAUGCGGGAGUCUACAUUGAUUUCAUGGGAACAGACUCUGCGAUCUUUCGUACGCUGGGGAAGCAGACAGCCAUGAGGACUGAUCAGUACAACUCCAGAUGGUUGAACGAUCCAACAUUUGUCCACGCACACCUCAUCCCAGACAGUGCUGAGAAGAAUGACGACAAGCUCUACUUUUUCUUCCGCGAGAAAGCCUCUGAGAUGGGCCAGAGUCCCAUGACCCAGUCCAGGAUAGGCCGGAUCUGCCUGAAUGACGACGGCGGUCACUGCUGUCUGGUGAACAAGUGGAGCACAUUUCUGAAGGCUCGACUCAUCUGCUCAGUGCCCGGAGCGGACGGCAUUGAGACGCACUUUGAUGAACUCCGGGAUGUGUAUAUCCAGCCAACUCAAGACACCAAGAAUCCUGUCAUCUACGGCGUCUUCUCAGUCUCAGGAGCCGUCUUUAAAGGCUCCGCGGUGUGCGUUUACUCCAUGGCCGACAUCCGCAUGGUCUUCAACGGGCCUUUUGCCCACAAGGAAGGGCCCAACUACCAGUGGGUGGCAUACACCGGGAAGAUUCCCUACCCACGACCUGGCACCUGUCCUGGGGGCACUUUCACCCCCAACAUGAAAUCCACCAAGGAUUACCCAGAUGAGGUUAUCAACUUCAUGAGGAACCACCCCACCAUGAACAAUCCCGUUUACCCAGUGCACAAGCGCCCCCUGGUGGUCAGAACCAACGUGGACUAUGAGUUCACCACGAUUGCCGUGGACCAAGUGACGGCUGCAGACGGGAGCUACGAGGUGCUCUUCCUGGGAACAGAUCGGGGGACGGUCCAGAAAGUGAUUGUCCUGCCGAGAGACGACUUGCAGACAGAGGAGCUGGUAUUGGAGGAAGUGGAGGUUUUCAAGGUUCCCACCCCAAUUACCACCAUGAAGAUUUCAUCCAAACGGCAACAAUUGUAUGUAGGAUCGGUGUUGGGUGUGACCCACCUGGCGCUCCAUCGCUGCGAUGUGUACGGGGAGGCCUGCGCCGACUGCUGUCUGGCCAGAGACCCGUACUGCGCCUGGGACGGCAAAUCCUGCUCAAGAUACUCGGCCUCACAGAAGAGAUCUGACCCCUCUAGACGGAGCCGUCGACAGGAUGUAAAGUACGGCAACCCAAUUCGCCAGUGCAGAGGUUAUAACUCCAAUGUGAACAAGAACACUGUGGAGAGCGUUCUGUAUGGCGUGGAGGGGAGCACGACCUUCCUGGAGUGCCAGGCCAGGUCUCCUCAUGUGUCUCUGAAGUGGCACCUGCAGAAGGAAAACAGCGACAGGAGGAAAGAGAUUCGCUCCGAGGGCCGCACCCUGAAAACAGAACAAGGCCUUCUGAUCCGCUCACUGCAGUCCUCUGACAGCGGCAUCUACCAGUGCACGUCCACAGAGAAAAACUUCAAACACACACUCGUCAAGCUGCAGCUCGUGGUCCUCUCCAGCCGCACGGUCAACAACGUGUUGGUGGACACGGGCAGCCCGGCCCUGCCUCCGCUCCAGGCCAGCGCCUGGACUCCGAGCGCCGGGCAGUACAAGGACCUGCUGACGAUUCUGAGCCAGCCGGAGAUGGGCCUGAUCAACCAGUACUGCCAGGAUUACUGGCAGCUUGGAGAUGCCGGCCUCGGGGACACCAAAGCCAAGAGCCUGAAGGAGCUGAAAGAGCAGAAGAAGCCGCGCAACCGUCGACAUCAUGACGAGCAGACAACUCCAGCUGCGACAUGAGAAGCUGGACACGCACCCUUGUUAUCCUCAAUCAUCCCCUGUCCACCUGUUACCACAACCUCCUAAACACUGCAACCCUCCAUUUUAGGGAACUGACUCCAGUCAAAUGAUAGAAAAAUCAAGUUAUCAUAAAGGACAAGACAGACACUGCAACCCAAAGCGACAGCAUCAAACAGUUUCUAAGUGACUGUUAAAAAAAAAAAUAAACACAAUAUUUAUUGUAGGUUGUAAAAAGUAAUUCUUUGUACGUAUCUAGAAAACAUGUUUUUUUUGUGAAUAGGUAAAUCUGUGCAAAUGUUAUUAUUAUAAUAUUAUUGUUAGUGUUAUUUCUUUAUAACGACGUGUUAUUAUGUUGAGGAUAUCUUUAUGUUUGGUGUUUUUGAGAAACAGCAACAACGACCCAGGACAUUGGGAGUAUCCACACAUGGACGAGGGACUGAUGGACGUGCAUUCAGAAAAUGUUACGGGCGACCAUGUUGGAUCACAUGACUGCUGGCAGUAUUCAGUGUCUAAGAUGGAAGUCGAGUCAGGACGCCGCUGCUCUUUUUCGGACUUCCCUAAACUUCUUCACCAGAACUCUGUACUGUAUUUUUUUUUUUUUUUUUUUGUGACUGCAAGAUACAAGCUGUUGAUAAAUUAUGGCAUUUCAUGGGACAAUUAAGGAUAAAAGAAAUGCCCACAGACGACAGCUGUGACAACGUGUCACAGUCCCACGGUCACGUGUGGAUGAAAGGCCCUCAGUGGCAGGGGACAUCCCUCCUUUGACGAUGUGGUCCAGCCUGGCCUCAAGUAAUGAUGGUGUGUCACCCAAUCGACCCAAAUUCUUCCAAAAUCAGUUGCUGCCAAGUGUUUGUUUUGUUUAUAUGUGAAUAUCACAUCUCAAUGUUGUAUCCUUGACCGACGUGAUCUUUGUGAUGAGCUGUUCUUUUUUUUUUCUUUUUUCUUCUUUCUUUUUUUUUGGGGGGGGGGCCCUCUUUUAAUGACACUAAAGCUGAAAAUAUAACAUUGCCUUCUCUUUUCUCCCUUUAGAGAAAAGGAAUUCCAGCAGGCAGCUAUGUGUGAGUUUGUGACAGUUUGUGAUUUUAAAAAAACAACAACCAACUACUAGGAGACAAAGCACCUUCUGUUGCCAAAUUGGUGAUCUUGAUGAGCAGAAAUCGAUUUUAUCUGUGUAUCUGUGGCAUAUUAUGCAGUAUAUUCACACGAGGAAGCAUGCAGUUUGUAUGCUCAAGGGAUUUCUUUCUUUUCUUUAUCUUUUUUUUUUUUGCUCUAAAUGAAUCCAAAGUUUGCAUUCCUGCCAGUUUUAUGCUAAAUAUGGGUUUCACUAAGUGAAUAUUGUGUUCGGCCACUUAACCAGUUGACACAUCAGUAAGAUAACAGUGACAAAUGUGUUUUUUUUGGGGGGGGGGUUUUCAGUGCUUGACGACUGGCCGUUUUUAUUGGUGUUGUGUUCACUGUGUCACAACAGAGCUUUCACAGCGACUUUCUGUCGGCCCAAUGCAGUGCCAUCCUGCCAUCCUGCCAUCGACCGCGCCACAUACUUUAUAUAAACCUGAGCAACUUCCAUAGAGUGAAAUCAAACGUCACAAGUGCAACCACUAACAGGCGGAUCACUGUUGAACCUGAAGAGAAACCUGUACCAAAAUCUUCAAAAGGUGGCUUUUCAUUGUGCAUGGCAUGUACAGUGUAUGUAUAUGGUAUUUGUCUAAAAUGCUACGUUGCUGUGGAUGUCGGUGAAUGUCUUUCUCGUUGUGGGGAUAUGGAAAUACUACCAGUGCAAGGAGGAUUUGCUCACACCUUUGCGAAUGGUGUGAUGAACUGAAGGUACAGAAAAGGGUCAGAUGCUGAUUUUAAAUCCUCUCUCUUCUCUCUCCCACUCUGUCUCCCUCUCUCUCUCCCUCGUUCUCAGAAAUUUGCAAAACAACUUUGCCUAUAUUUCAAACGUGCAUCAAUUUUAUUUUCUCUAUUCGGCCGACUCUGCUACGAGUCAUUGAGGUAAAGUAAUGUAUGAUAUAAUGCACAGUCGAUGUCAUUGUGAUGACAUGUAAAAAAAGUUACUUUUAUCUUUUCUUCCUCAUCAAUGUUGCAGACUAAUAAAUUAAAGCUCUAUAUUUUAUAAUAACAUAUGUUCUCUUCUGUUUGACAGUGACGGGCUCAUGCAUUUUAGUAGUGGAGAAAGUACUGAGAUCCUUUAUUUAGUAGCAAUACCACACUGUAAAAUACUAUAGGCGGUAAAGUAAAUGUUGAGGUGGGGCCGGUCAAACGGGUCACACGAAUCCACCAAGUGCACAGGUGCCCACACCCGUGUGCAUGUAGCCACACAGCCGGUGAAGGCAUGUAGUUUAAGGUCAGCUGUUUAUACAAUAAAUAUUUGAAAACAGCUUUGUGGUUUGUCACAUGCCUCAUUUCCUGUGUAUUUUUUGCAUUUUACGACUAAACACUUAGGCUGUGUAGCCUUAUGAAAACACAGAGAUGCUCUUUCCAAAGCGUAGAUUUGCAUUUCCAAUACGUUUUUGAACUGGUUCAUCAUCAUCUUGUCCUGCUAUGGUGUGAAAAUUAAAUUGAAAUAACUGUG